AUGUUCGGUUCCCUUUUCCUGGGCCUCCUGGCUUCGAACGCAAUCGCUUUGCCAGCAAAUGCGAUCCUGCCGAGAGCAACAGUCGACAUCAACAAGACGGAGCUAGAGGAUUGUCCUUGCCGGGAUAUCACAUUCAUUUGGGCUCGAGCCUCGACAGAGACAGGGAACAUGGGCGGCAGCCUCGGGCCCUUACUAUGCGAAGAUCUGAAAGCAGAUUAUGAUGAGGAAAACGUCGCAUGCCAGGGCGUAGGAGGUGCCUACGCAGCAGACCUCAUCUCAAACACCUAUCCUUUGGGAACAUCUCAAGGCGCAAUCGACGAGGCACUCAGACUUUUCGAUCUUGCUAGCACCAAAUGUCCGGAUACUCAAGUCGUUGCCGGCGGAUAUUCGCAAGGUACAGCCGUCAUGGCUGCAUCAAUAAGUGUUCUUGAGGCAGCAGUGCAAGAACAGAUCGCCGGUGUCGUUCUCUUUGGUUACACUAGGAAUUCGCAGAAUUCCGGCAGAAUUCCGAGUUUCUCGACUGAUCGAGCGCUGGUUUAUUGCAAUGAGGGCGAUCAGGUGUGUUAUGGCACACUGAAUGUUACUCAGGCUCAUUUCGAGUACGAGCAAUUCGUCCCUGCUGCAGCGCAGUUUUUGGAGGCGAAGCUUGCCAUAGCCAAUUGA